AGCAGAGUAUAAAGCUUCACGUGCAAAAGGUCUGAGCUCAUUUGACUCCAGGCGGUUUAGAGGAUAAAGAAUUGCAUUCCUCAGCUCCAAGAUGAAAAUCCUAACUGUAACAUUAGUUUGUUGUAUACUUUUUGCAGUUAGUGUUACAUCGAGCAAAGGGCACAUUGGAGGAAGUCUAGAGAGAUGUACAUGCCAUGGACAGAGGCAAAGAGUCAAGCGACAACUGAUCGCAAAAGUCCAACUUCUGCCACCAAGUGUGUCCUGUUCAAAGUUUGAAAUUUUGGUUACUUUGAAAAACAAUAAGAAGGCCUGUGUGGACCCAAAAGGAAAACAGGGAAAACGUAUCAUCAAACUUCAAAGUGAUAUGAAUCAAGGCAAAAGACAAAACCGCAAACCUAAAAACAGACGAAACCGGCAGGAGCCAAGCUGAUAGGCCUACAUGGACGAGGCAGGCCUGAAACUGUGGCUGCUGUGUGUUGACAUCGUGCUACAAGGGUGCACUCCUGUAAAUAUGCACAAAAGAGAGGUCUUUGUCCAACCUGUCAGUAGUGAGGCUCUGAACAUAGGCGUUGUCUGUAUGUACUGGCACAGGUCCAGUAUAGCUGCUCUAACUGCACCCUCACCUGAAUAUGUGGCUUUGCCAACCUGUAGUGGUAACACUGUGAUUGCUUAUGGCAUUUUGUGGUUACUGUUCGGUCAUGAUUUGUUUUCACAAUGUUCAUAGAUGUCUGUAAUGAAGUUCUACUACCUCUUUUUUAAUCUGUGAGUAUAGGUUUUGUAUGUAUAUAUAAAUAAAAAAUAUUUAAUAUUGAA